AUGGCGGUCAUGCCAAGUGAUAGCUCCGAUAAAAAUAUAUUAAACCAGCUCCAAAAUAAUUUCUUUAACGUUCAAGACAAGUACAAGGUGCUUGUUGAAUAUGACAGUAGCAAUGACAGAGUGAAAUGGAACGGUAACUUUGAGAAUUUGAAAACUUUUGUGGCCGAUUUGUUUGGCGAACAAAGCAAGUGGAUUUCUCCUGGCGGGCGAGCAAAAUCCUUUCGCAGUAGCCAAGUCUCAAUUACCUGGUACCCUCUCAAAAAGUCACUUGUGUUUCAAGGACAAGCUGGUAUUAAAUUGAAAGAUUUGAUUAUCGGUUUGGCUGGCUCAAAUAUGGCGAAAGACUGCGGAAAUAUUACUCUGAGUAGCGUUAUAGAUCAAGAAAAUUUUGACCAGCUAGCAGGAAACGUUACUAACAUUGAGUUGUCCGUCAAACAGAUUGGUGUUGCAAUGAAGAAACUCGAUAAAGAUUUCCAGCUGAUGGCAAACUAUAUAAAAGAUCGCGACACUAACCUUAGAGACACGACUCGUGAUAUUGGUGUUCAAACAGACUUUGACUUG